AUGGCCCCUCUGCCGGACAAGCGACUUCGUUGGUAUGAUGUACGCAGCGGCCGAUCAGCCGAACGCUUCGACGAUCUGCCCAAAGGCGGUUGGCACCUGCCGUACGACGAGACAGAUUGGUUCGCGCCGGCCGAGAGUGGGCAUCACCUAGACGAGCCAGAUCUGAUUGUCGUCUUCGUUCCCGGCAAUCCUGGUCUGGUCGACUACUACACAGACUUUCUCACUACCGUAGCAGACCUCACGAAUCCUCGCAAAAGCCCAAAAGGCGGCAGAAAUCUCAAAACAGACGUGAUUGCAAUCUCACAUUUAGCUCAGGCUACAUCUCCUCUGAGCUCAUUGGCGUACUCUGCCAUUCUGUCUGGCAAGCUGCCGACACUCGCGGAUCAGGUCGACCACAAGAUUGCAUGCAUAGAUCGCGUUCACGGCCUGUUCCCCAAAGCAAAGAUUGUACUCAUCGGUCACUCAGUGGGCGCAUGGAUUUGCUGUCAGGUCCUGAAGGCGCGCCCGAAGCUCGUCAGCCGAGCUCAGCUGCUGUUCCCGACCAUCUCAGACAUCGCAGCCACGCCAAAUGCUCAACGACUCUGGCCGAUCUUCAACCGCGUCGGAAGUGCAGCGCUCGUCAGUCUGACGAUGGGCACAUCCUUCUUGCCCCUGGGCAUCACUUCAAGGUUGACAGGUGUAGCGCAAAGAGCAGCGGUCGCGCCGGAAGGCGAUGCCACCAAAGCGACGCUCGACCUCGUCACCAGUCCAACAGUCGUAGCAUCGGCCUUGGCAAUGGCGCGCGAUGAGAUGGCAACGAUCAAAGACCUUGAUAAGGCCUUCCUGGCACAAUAUGGUGACCGACUCGAUUUCUACUGGGCAGAAGGUGAUAGCGAUGGCUGGGUCCGAUCGAGCCAGAUUCAGGAGAUCAUAGAGACCGUGCAGGACAAGGCAACACAUCAGCGCUGCGUGCUUGGCAUGAAGCACGCCUUUUGCCUCAAAGAUGGGGCUCAGAUGGGACGAAUCUCUGCCAAGUGGAUCCUAUCUACAUAG